AUGUUGAAUAUGUCAAAAUCCACCAUCCACGAGCAUUUUGUGAAACUUGGCUAUAUAAACCGUUUUGAUGUAUGGGUUCCCCACGAUUUAACAGAGAAAAAUCUGAUGGAUUGUAUUUCCAUUUGCGACUCGCUCUAUAAACGCAACGAGGAGACAUCAUUUUUGAAGCAAGUAGUGACGGGGGAUAAAAAAUGGAUCAUUUACAAUAAUGUUGAGCGAAAAAAAUUUUGGGGAAAGCGGAAUGAAUCACCUUUAACCACCCCAAAAGCCGAUCUUCAUCCAAAGAAAGUCAUGUUCUGUGUCUGGUGGGAUUGGAAAGGGAUCCUGUAUUAUGAGCUUUUACCAAACAACGAAACGAUAAAUUCAGAGAAGUAUUGUUUCCAAUUAGACGAAUUGAUGCUGAAGACAGCAAUUGAACAAAAACGUCCAGAAAUAGUGAAUCGGAAGGGCGUCGUGUUUCAUCAGGACAAUGCGCGGUCUCAUGUAUUUGAUAACUCGACAAAAGUUGUUGGAGCUCCGUUGGCAUGUUCUACCCCAUCCACCAUAUUCACCAAACCUCGCGCCCUCUGA